GCCACCCAUGUCGAGUGCCACAGCGACCAGUCCCCGAACAACGUGAAGCGUCGUCGAAACGCGGAUGGCCGAGGAGAAGCAUCACCACCACUUCUUCCACCACCACAAGGAGGAGGAGCAGCCCGCCGAGGAGCAGCUCACUGAGGAGGCGGUGUACUCGGAGACUGCCUACUCUGGUGGCGGUGACGCCUACGCCGAGACGGUUGUCGUGGCCGAGUCGGCCUCCGACGACUACGAGAAGUACAAGGAGGAAGAGAAGCAACACAAGCACAAGGAACAUCUCGGAAAGAUGGGCGCCGUCGCCGCCGGUGCUUUUGCUCUGUACGAGAAACACGAGGCCAAGAAGGACGAGGAGCAUGGCCACAGGCACAAGAUAGAGGAGGAGAUUGCCGCGGCGGUGGCGGUCGGCAGCGGAGGAUACGCCUUCCAUGAGCACCACGAGAAGAAGGAAGCCAAGGAGGAAGCCGAGGAGGCCAGCGGGAAGCACCACCACCACCUCUUCUAAGGGCGCAUCUAUGUAUACACAUAUAUCACGUUAUAUAUAUACUGAGGUGGAGUGUUUACGUUCAUGGAUUUGACACUCUAAUGCACCCAAAUAAGUGCUGGUUUGGUGCAUAUGUUACAGUGUGAUGUAAUAUGUAUGAGUGUGGGGUGCAACUUGCAGUUGAUUUCUCUCUCUACUAUUAAUGAAAAAGAAGUGCAUAUAAUUUUUUCUGGAUAAAAUA